GGCAUAAGUUAGUGUGAAAAUGGGGCAAAAAAGGGAGGAGAGACGACCCCAAUCCUCUCCACCAAGAAGCAGAGGCCGAAACACCGCCACCACCCCACGAUCACCACAACGGCCGCGCGGCUCCAGAGUUUCUCCUCCGUCGUCUUCUCUCACCGACCAAACCACCACCGACUUCAUCACUGAAUUCGAAGACCUCCGAAUCACACCCAAUUCCGACUAUAACCCACGAAGCUUCCCUUACAGUGUGAAGCAACAAUGCUGGGAAAAGGCAGAGAAAGUGAAGGGGAGAGACCCUAGUCGUUGGAGGAGGGACCCACUUGGGAACAUCAUUUUCCGCAAGCUUGUUGGUUGUCCUGGUUGCUUAUGCCAUGAUUAUGACCACAUUGUUCCUUAUUCCAAGGGGGGGAAGAGUACGUUGGAGAAUUGUCAAGUUUUACAGGCUACUGUUAAUCGCUCAAAAGGGAAUCGUACUGACAUAUCCAGAGCAGAUCUGAUUAAAAGAAGUUCCUAUUGCCGAGUUUCAGGCCGUGACAUGGACCUCUUUGAAUUGUCCGCGUUUGGUAAUGUUCGUAGAGGAGAAGAUUCAGGUGGAUGUAAAAUUAUGUAACAAGUGUGAAUCGAGGUUAUGACCAAGAGGUUCUAAAGUUUUAUGUUUGUAAUGGAAUAAUGGUCAUUAGGUUAGUUAAGUAUUCACUAGGAGAUUAUCGUUAUCUGGCAGUGGCACCUAUCAAACGUUGUGUAUAUAGAGCAUGAAUUUGUAAAAGAUUGAAUUCACACUUGCAAAAUUAAUUCAGAGAUUGUUUCUUGAAUUCCA